AAAGUCGGCGGCACCUCUCCCCAAGUCAUAGAAUACUGGAAAGUGGAAGCCAGCAAAGGCGUUGCGCGACACGGACGCAAGCCCACUUCUUCCGCUUUUCUCCGACGAUCCCUGCGACUGCGACUCCGACGACUCCCUCCACCGCCUUCCCUAUGUAUUACCCAUUUGAAAAUUUCGACGGACAUUGACAAAUCAAAGCCCCACCCUCCAAAACCAAUGAAGUAAACACAACAGCUCCGUCGUUUUCCUCUUGUGAGUCCUUCGGAUAAUCGGAAUUAGCGUCCUGGUGUAGGGAGCGUAGUGUCUGGUGUACCGCGUUUAGCGCUAGGUUCUUCAGUAACGUGAUCUUCAAGUAUACAGGAAGAAAAGGUUGGGAUUGUCAGAAUGAAGGCACUUAUUCUUGUUGGAGGGUUUGGAACACGAUUGAGACCAUUGACUCUCACUGUGCCAAAGCCCCUUGUUGAGUUUGCUAACAAGCCUAUGAUACUACAUCAGAUAGAAGCACUUAAAGCUAUUGGAGUGACUGAAGUCGUUUUGGCCAUCAAUUACCAACCAGAGGUGAUGCUGAACUUCUUGAAGGAAUUUGAGAAAAGGCUUGGUAUCAAGAUCACCUGUUCCCAGGAAAUUGAACCACUUGGCACAGCAGGUCCCUUAGCUUUGGCUAGGGAUAAAUUAAUAGAUGACUCUAAUGAACCCUUUUUUGUCCUUAACAGUGAUGUUAUUAGUGACUACCCGCUGAAGGAAAUGAUUGAAUUCCACAAAAGCCAUGGAGGAGAGGCUUCCAUUAUGGUAACCAAGGUGGAUGAACCAUCAAAAUAUGGAGUGGUGGUUAUGGAAGAAACUACUGGGAAAGUGAAUAAGUUUGUAGAGAAGCCCAAAAUAUUUGUGGGUAACAAAAUCAAUGCUGGAAUCUACUUAUUGAAUCCAUCUGUUCUUGAUCGGAUUGAACUAAAGCCCACCUCAAUUGAGAAAGAGGUAUUCCCAAAGAUUGCUGCGGAGUGUAAACUCUAUGCCAUGGUCCUACCUGGUUUCUGGAUGGACAUUGGACAGCCGAAGGAUUACAUUAAAGGCUUGCAGCUCUACCUGGGUUCCUUGAGCAAAAAAACCCCAUCCAAACUGGCCACUGGAUCUAACAUUAUUGGAAAUGUUCUGGUAGAUGAUAGCGCUGCUAUUGGAGAUGGCUGCCUCAUCGGGCCAGAUGUAGCCAUUGGUCCAGGAUGUGUGGUCGAAUCAGGGGUCAGGCUCUCGCACUGUACCGUAAUGAGUGGAGUUCGAAUAAAGAAGCAUGCUUGCAUCUCCAGUAGCAUUAUCGGGUGGCACUCCACUAUUGGGAGGUGGGCUCGGAUAGAGAACAUGACAAUAUUGGGAGAAGAUGUCCAUGUGGGCGACGAAGUUUACAGCAAUGGAGGUGUUAUCCUGCCCCACAAGGAGAUCAAGUCCAGCAUUUUGAAACCGGAGAUUGUCAUGUGAGGGUUAUGAUUCUGAUUAGGAAUUGGCGUGUGUUCAGUUCAUGUUGCAAACCAGGUGCUUCCCUUCCCAGCAAAACCUCUACUAUUUCCAAUUCUCAGCUGCAGCUGUUAAAUUCUGUAUUCUGAGGAGAGGAAGAGGAAGAUGAAUGAGUAGGAAUUUUGGGUAAUGUAGAUGUAAACUGCUUGCUAUACUUGUUUCUAAGGGAACAUAAUCUUUAAUUUCUUACUCCUUAAAACAACACAAUUUUUUUUAUUCUUUGGAAAAUUUAAUAUAUCUAACAACCUGAUUGAUAUUAAA